AUGGAACUCGGUUUUAAGCACCAAGUCGGUGUGGUGUGUGCGAUAUUGCUUCUCCCUGCACUGUGUAGCUGCUACGAAUAUGCAACGAACUCCAGAGCAAGCUAUUACAGUAGCCCUGGUGGCUAUGGGAAUCCCAGGGGAGCUUGUGGAUACGGAGAAUAUGGAAUGACGAUGAACAAUGGCAAUGUUGUAGCCGUAUCAGGAGGACUAUGGCGGAAUGGAGCUGGUUGUGGUGCAUGCUACAAGGUAUGGUGCAAAAGGGCAGAAUACUGCAACGCGAAAGGAGUGUACGUGGUGGCAACAGACUAUGGCGAGGGAGACAGAACAGAGUUCAUAAUGAGCAAACGCGGGUUCUCAGAAUUGGGAAAGAACGCAGCUGCUUCUGCGAAACUGUUGAAGGAAGGGGUAGUGAAUAUUUCAUUCAAAAGGGUUCCCUGCACAUUCCCUUCUAACAUCAAGCUCCACGUCCACGAAAGCAGCAAAAACCCCUCCUACUUUGCUCUUGUGCUUCUCAACGUAAAUGGAAUGAGUGACAUCACUGCUGUAGAGAUAUGGCACAGAGAGCAGAAACGAUGGGAGCCACUCCGCAGGGCCUAUGGGGCUGUCUUUGACUUUGCUAACCCACCCACCGGUCAAAUCCGUCUCAGGUUUCAACUUGGCUAUAAAUAUUGGCUCCUUCCCAAGAUCCCUAUUCCUGCUAACUGGAAGUCUGGUGCUACUUAUGACUCCCAACUUGAGCCUUAUUAAUUAGACACAAAAUCAAAAUACUCA